AAAAAUCCAACUCUCUAUUGCUCUCUCUCUCUCUCUCUCUCUCUCUCUCUUGACUCGGCGCUGACUCGCCGCCGAUUGAGUUGACUCGUUCCGCACUAUCACCACCAAGUCGAGUUGAAAUGGCUUCGGAGGAGAAGCAAAUCAAAGACCAAAUGUCGUACCCGAUUCUCCUGGCGGAGCGUGUCAAGUCCGCCGUGGACGACGCCGAGUCGUUCAAGUCGGAGUGCUCCGAGGUCGGCAAACAAGUCGACCGCCUCUCCCAAAUGCUCCGCACCGUCGUGAGACUCUCCACCACGACGCCGUUUCUCUACGAGCGCCCAAUCCGCCGGAUAAUCGCCGAGGUCUGCAAGAAUCUGGAGCGAGCCCUAACCCUAGUCCGCAAGUGUAAACGCCAGAGUGUCCUACGACGUGUCGUAACCAUCACCAGCGCCACCGACUUCCGGAAGCUCUCCUCCUUACUCGACUCUUCUCUCGGCGACAUGAAGUGGCUGCUCAGCAUCUUCGACCCCGACUCCGCCGCCAACGGAAUCGUCCUCUCGCUGCCGCCGAUUGCUAGCAACGACCCGAUUCUCGCGUGGGUGUGGUCCUUCAUCGCCACCAUCCAAAUGGGAAAGCUGGAGGACCGGGUAGAGGCGGCUGUCGAGCUGGCAUCGUUGGCGCAGGACAACGACCGGAACAAGAAGAUUAUUGUGGAAGAAGGUGGGGUAAUCCCGUUACUCAAGCUUUUGAAGGAGGAGUCCUCCCCGGAGGCUCAAACUGCGGCCACAACCGCGCUUUAUAACCUGGCCGGUGACCAGGAGAAAGUGAGGGCGAUUGUGGAUGAGGAUGGAGUGCCGAUUAUUGUGCAGGUGUUAAGAGACUCGGCGAUGAGGGCACAGACCAGGGCGGCGAGCCUGGUGGCGAGGAUGGCGCAGCAUGACAGUGUUGCGCAGGAUGAGUUUGCUAGGGCCAAUGUGAUUAGGCCGCUGGUGACAUUGUUGUCAUUCGAGUCGUUUCUGGAGGAUCCGAAGCUGCAGGCAGGUAAGCAGAGCAUUCACUCUGUGCUUGAGAUUAAUAAGGAGAUGGAGAAGGGCAGUCAGCGGCGCAGUUAUACUAAUUCGUUUUCAAGUUCUUCAUAUACAUAUUCGGAGGGGAGUAGUCGAGGGGGUCAUAACCAUAGGAAGGAUAGGGAGAAUGAGCAGCCUCUUGUUAAGCUUCAGAUGAAAAUUAAUUGUGCUGAGGCUUUGUGGAUGCUUGCUAGAGGUAGUAUAUCUAAUAGUAGGAGGAUAACCGAGACCAAAGGCUUGCUUUGUUUGGCCAAAUUGGUGGAGAAGGAACAGGGAGAGUUGCAAUAUAAUUGUUUGAUGACUAUAAUGGAGAUAGCAGAUGCCGCUGAAUCUAAUGCUGACCUUAGACGCGCGGCUUUCAAGACAAAUUCACCAGCAGCCAAGGCGGUUGUGGAUCAACUCAUAAGGCUGGUCAAGGAGGGGAAUAGCCCUACAUUGCAAGUUCCUGCUAUAAAAGCAAUUGGUUCAUUGGCUAGGACAUUCCCUGCUAGAGAGACCUGGGUCAUCGAACCACUAGUGACUCAACUUGGUAAUAAGGAUAUAGAUGUGGCAACAGAAGCAGCAAUUGCACUAGGGAAGUUUGCUUGCUCAGAUAAUUUUCUUCGUAUUCAGCAUUCAAAGACAAUAGUCGAGUUCAAUGCUAUUCCUCCUUUAAUGAGACUGCUAAGAGGCAAUGAAAAUUCCAAGUUGCAUGGUUUGCUUCUCCUUUGCUAUCUUGCACUACAUACUGACAACACUGAUGCUUUGGAACCAACUAGGGUGUUGACUGCCCUUGAAGGGGCUGUCAACCCCCAACAUCCUGAGUUAAGAGAGCUGGUGCAGAAGGCGAUAUAUCACCUCAAUCUGUAUCACUCUGGAGGUCAUUCUCAAAGGUUCACAUAAGUGCCGUAGUUUCAUAGAUGCAAGGAUGCACAAUUUUUUUGUUCAAGUAUCUGCUGUGCAGUAGUAGAAUCAGGUUGAAACCUUUUCAGUUGUGCAAGAAAACAGGGCUAGAAGAAACAUAGAUGGUUUAUAAAAGAGAUGCAAUAUUUAACCAAAUUGAAUUUUGUAUGGCAAAUCAUUGGGGCAUGGUAUGAUCCGCAUUGGUCAUUACAUGCUUACUCUUGCAGAGCUGUUCCCUUCAGCAUUAUUGUGAAGGGAUGUGUCAGGUGGUAAAUUCUGUCCUGCUUAUUUCCAUCUGCUGUGAGGUUUAAUCAGUGUUAAACUAUGAAGGUUAUGUUUGAUGCAUCAGAACCAGUAGUGAAUACUAUUUUUCCCGGAAAUGAGCAGUAGCAUAACAAGUUUUCCAUUUCUCUCUGUUGGAAAUGAGCAGUAGCAUGACAGCUGAAGCGAUUACUUAAAAUUCUGAAAAGCAGAACCUGCUGGCUGCUAAGCUGCUUACUGUCUUAACAUUUGUGUACAUCGUUCUUGCUCUUUUUCCUUGACUGCUUUGGUAUUAUUGUUUGGAAAAUAUACUCUCACUCUAUCCCAACACCAA